GUAGAGCGUCUGCCGCGAUCGCAUUUGUGCCGUGCCGGCAAAAACCUCAAAUAUAAUCCUGUGCCGAUGGCCCCAACGAAUAGACAACUGAUCAAUUAACAGAAACUUUUGGCAUAAUGUAAGCUGGUCUCUGAAAUAGAAGCGCUGAUUGAUUUCUCGGUGGUUAUUUAGAGUUCUCGACGGUUAUUAGCAUAUACACAUUGUGCUUACGGAUGAGUCGAACAAUUGAUAUAGCGUCCCGGGAGUUGUGAUGUUAUUUGUUUUCAAAGAAUAGUGUUAUAGUGUCUAGUAAUUUGAAGUUUGAUCCAGGCUACGUUAAAGAGAGCAGCAGCCUAAUUAAAUACGUCAUGACUUGAGUUCGUAAUUCCAUAUAAAUGUAUAAAAUGAGUAGCAGUCGAUAUUGAAGACUGGAAUAAACAGUAACGGGACUGGAAGAACUAUUCGGCAAACAUGAACGUGAUUUCCCGCCUCCCUGACAACGUUUACUCAAGGCGACGCCCAUAUUCCCACACCAGCAGCAUUAAGAGCAUUAUUCAUGGACCGAAUAUCGAAGACAUUGAAGCGGAAUUAAGAAAGCUUGAAAUCGAACAAGAAGAAGAGUUCAAUGCACGAGCUCGCUCUGCGAAUCGCCUUUCGGCCAACGCUAAAAAUUCGGCAGAUAUUCGGGAAGGCAGUGCGAAUAGCAGUAGGCGAUCCAGCGUCGUCAGCUCUAAGCUUCAACAAACAGUGGACGAAAAAAGUGUGGUUUCAGAAGAGCCUCAAUCAGCAAAACUAUUGAAAAAUCGACACGCGCGUGCCUUAAGCGCUCGAAGCUCAACAAAGAAUAAUGCCGUGGAGAAAGGAGAAAUUCUUGGGUCUUCAAAGUCUAAUAAUAUGCGGCGAGCGAGACCAAAGACCUGCAUCGCUGCAUUCACCAGCCCAGGUUCCAACAAUCAUCAUGGAAACAAGAGAUUGCGUGACAAGUUCUCAGAGUUCCCAACCAGCGCACAACAAGGAGAGGUUCAAACUCCACUGCUACUGAGUUCCGCAGUGAGACAUCCAGGCGAUCCUGAGACGCUAGCGGAGCGCUACCAGUGGGGUGUCCGGGGCAGUGCACUGGCAGACUCGGCGAAUUACGAUACACGGGAGCCCUCCAGACGGCGUGUCAAACCACGGGUCUCCGCGUCAGCGCCGCCGCGGAGCUCAGCGUCGAAGGCGAGUUUCUUCCUCGGCCACUUGGCCGGUCAGCCGCGGUCGCAGUCUGCGCGCGCGGUCGAGGCCUUCACGCCAGCAUCGCGCAUGCGCAACACCUACGUCAUCGCGCCUAAAAGACUAAAAGUGUUCGAGCCGAGACCUUCCCCGCCUACGACGUUCAGGAGGAUGUACGAGCGAGGCGACAUCCCAGUCACCAUCCUACACGACCACAGAGGACAGUCCCUCAGGUGGAAGGUUGACCUCAGCAAGCUGGACUACGGUCAGUACUUGCCAUUAUUUUUCGACGGGCUGCGAGAGACGAGGCAUCCAUACGACUUCUUCAGCCGGGCGGGCGUGCGCGAUCUGCUGGCCAACGGCGGUGACAAGAUUGUGCCUCUUAUUCCCCAGCUCAUUCUCCCCAUGAAAAGCGCCCUGAACACGCGCAUCCCUGGCGUGGUGUGCACGGUGCUGAAGGUCCUGCAGGAGCUGCUGCAGGCCGCCCCUGGCGCAGGAGAGGCCAUAGUGCCCUACUACAGGCAGCUCCUGCCCACACUCAAUCUCUUCCAGCAUGUCAAUGUUAACUGCGGGGAUGAAAUCGAUUAUUCACAACAGAGGAGAGAAAACUUGGGCGACCUAAUCCAAGAAACUCUGGAGAUGCUGGAGAGACACGGCGGCAAAGACGCCUACAUCAACAUCAAGUACAUGGUGCCUACAUACCAGAGCUGCGCUGCCACCUGAAAAUACACUACAUUAGUACUACAUUAGAGCCAAAAACUCAAUCUUAGGGCCUAAUGCAAGCCGUAUAUUUCAUCGCUCGCUUAAAAUAAAUUGGGUUUUUGUCACAGAAACAUUCAGGCCUAUAAUGUGAUGGGGUGCACAGAUAAAAAUUCUUCAUGCCGUGAAAACCGAUGAUUAAAGCUAACUUGUUUUUAAUCUGACAGAGAAACUAGAAUAAAACCGAAUGUUAAAUGAUCUCCUAUAUUCAAUUUUUGCAAGCAUCGGUAAAGUUUUCACCAGCUGGCACGCAUCGUUAUAAUCGACAUAGUUUAUUUCACCCUAGAACGACCAGCGGGCCUCUUAGGCCCGUUUCAAGGAAUUAUUAGUCUAUAUUUUAGAAACUUGUAAACUUAUUACGCGGAAACUACAUGACUUUAUUUGCGUAGUACAUAUGUAACCUCCAUACAAAAAUUGUUGAAAAUAAUGCAGUAUUUUUUGAUAUUUUUAGUGUUACAUCAUAUUUUACCAAGCGGGCCUCCGAGGCCCCUAAGUGAUACAAGCGCUGCGGAGUCCCGUUGUGAAUCCUGACCAGUUGACCACAUUUACGAAUAUUGAAGGAGACUUGAAACUCAAAGAUAGUUGGAAGCAACUAGAUAUUAAAGAACUCAAGAAACUUAUUGCAACUCCUCUGCUCAUUGGAGUUUACAAAUCUAAAGGAGAACCAGUUCAUCAAUUAUGGAGUAAGGAUGAUGGACGACCAAUCUUCAAUGCAAUUUUUGUACGAAACAGGUUUCAAGAGAUUUUACGCAUGAUGAGAUUCGAUUACGCUUGUGAGAGGAGGCAAAACAGGUAACCAGAUAAAUUGCAACCAAUACGAAAAAUAUUUGACUUGUGGAACAGCACAUUGCAAGAUGCCUUUAUACCGGGUGUAAACUUGACUGUUGAUGAACAACUACUACCGUUUCGAGGUAGAUGUCCCUUCCGUCAAUACAUCCCAUUAAAACCUGGAAAGUACGGAAUCAAAUUCUGGGUAAUUUGCGACAGUGAAACAAGUUAUGCAUUGAAAUUGGACAUUUACAAAGGCAAAGAGCCCAGCGAACAAAGAGCUUCAAAUUUGGGAACUACUGUUGUACUAAAUCUAUCUGAU